AUGCGACAGACAAUGUCCGGUGUGCUUGCAAAUGCCUUAACAGGUCAAGAGGUCAACGAACUCAUUCUGGAAUAUAGACCUGGGGUUCCACAGUCCGAAUGCCCCCUAUGCCACAGUGACAUAACAAAUUUUAAACAGCACCUGAGGGUGUUCCAUGGCGUCCAGAACCUGCAAGAGCGCCAACUGUGGCAGAAGUUGGCAUGGGGCAGGGUCUUCCUCGGAGGACAGACCUGCCCCUUGUGCAACUUUUUUUACAAACAACUUGAAAAACACCUUAAUACAGGCCAUCGAGACAUCUCUUCAAAUAAGAAGAAAAACAUAAUUAAAAAAAUGGAGAGAGAGGUCACCGUGCGGAAGUUGCGAGAGCUGGAGGCCAGCAACCCUGCCAUCCCCAUGGUGACCCUAACGGAUGAGCCGCAGGGCAAUUCAGGAAACCCCAUCGCUCCUGAGACCCUUACCCCCAGCUUCAACACCCACCCUUCUUCCCCUGCUGUGCCUGCCACCCCUUCCUUCAGCCCCUCUCUUACUCCUGAACCUGCACGUCCUAGCAUCAGCCCUCCUGGCAGUGCCCUCCCUGCCAUGCCAGCCACCCCUUCCUUUAAGCCUUCCCCCCCACCCAUCUUCCCUCCCUCUCCUGAUGCUACAGUCUACGGGGGAGGCUUAUUCAGUCCCCUCCUAUUUAGCGAGCAGGAAUUGGAUAUGCUGGAGAACCUGGACAUUCCCACCAUCAGCCAUCAGGAGGAAGAGGCCAUUCACGGCACAGAAUGUCACGACAUCAUGGAUCUCGGGUUCAGCAUCUUAAUGGAUUUGUAG